AUAAUUAUACUGACAAUUAAAGUCUAAUUCAAUGAUUACGCACCAUUUGAUAAAUUUCAAAUAUGGCGGUAUAAAUAUGGUACACAGUCUUGUAUACAAUUUACAAAAUACAAAUCUUCAUUAAGUUAAUUUUGUUUUCGUGGAGCUUUCAAUUCAUUUUUUAUUCCUAAUUAAUUUUAGAUUAACAGUUGAGCUGAACUGCUUCUCCUCUAAACAUUGAAAAUCCUUAUCAGAUUCAUUAUUAAAUUUGUUUUCUUCAAUCCUUUUUCAACCAUGGAGAGUAUCCUAUCGAUUUCAUUUCCCUAUUUAAUUGCUUUGAUUUCUCGAGGAAUGAUAAAAAAUGCUGUAAAUGAAUACAUUGGUGAUGGAGAUGAAAUUACAUGAACGUGAAUGGUUUCACUUUUUGUUCAGCAAUGGAUUCUGAUUAUCAUUUAUAUGCUGUUUUAUGAAAGUGCAAAGCAGCUUAAUGAUAGUUAUAUCUAUGGACCCAUUCAUUUGUUCACUUUGUAAGCAUAAAAAUCAAUUAAUGGUAUGAUUUUGAUGACUGAUGGCUCCUUAUUGAUGAUGUAAGGAAAAUUACUGAUCCAGAAUGAAGAAAUUUCUCGCUUGGUAAUGAAUCAAUAAUACCUUGUUCAGAGCCGGGAUUAAAAGAAGCAAAAAAAAGGAAAUUCUGGUACGAUAAAAAGAGGAGAUGUGAGUUGGUAAAGAAGUAUGUAGAAAGAUGAGGAUGAAAAAAAGCAAAUGGAAUGAGAGAAAGUGAAUGUAAUAGAAGUGAGUCUGUGGGUUAGAAUGAGAAGAAGAAAAAGAAGAAAUGAAAAGAAAAAAGAUCAUUUCAAGUCUCAUUAGGACUUUAUCAUGAUUUAUACUCACCAUCAGAUUUACUUGAUCGCCUUUGAACAUGAAUUCACAAUGGAUUGGAUUCCUUAAAACAUAAUUGGCUCCAAAUCGUGAUCAUCUUUUAUCCCUUUUGAUAUUUCGCUAUUCCUCAUCUCCAUCUUCAUCUCGACAUUCUAUUUUCAUCUGUUCAUCUUAUAACAUACUCUUUACCUUCAUUUGUAUCCAUUUGUUUUCAUUUCAUUAUCAAUUCAACCGGACCUGUGAUCAAUAUAUUCGUGUUCAAAUAACUGUGAAAUAAACCAUUUCUAUUGGAACCAGUGAAAAUACAAAUGAAAAGGCAUUAACAAUCAAUAAUUAAAUGUUUGGAUACAAUCAAUUAAACGUAUAUAUUUUAAAGCAACUAACAAGCCAUUCCAAGUCACCGACAUCAUUAUUGUUAUUACAAUCAUCAAUGAAUUAGAUGAAUAAUUAUCGAGAUAAUACGAAUUGGUUUAAUUGAAGGAUCCAAAUAUAAUAGCAAUUAUGAGCAUUAUUCAAAUGUCUGAUCUUGAAAUGGAUGAUGUUACCUUUUUGACUUGUCGUGAAUCAGUGGAUGGAGUAACCAAUAAAUCAUUGAGAGGUGAUUGUGGCCCAUUUUGCCGUAAUCGUCGUGUUUGCCGUAAACAGCAUCCUCAUCAUGUACAUUUUUCAUUUUAUCAAUUACUUAUCAUGGUAGCAUUAAUUGUUAUCCUACUCAUCUCGACUGUCUUAAUUUGCGCCUUUGCCUGUCCCUUUAAAACAAAUCAAUGCCAUAUCAUUGGAGCAAUUGAAGAAACCAAUACAACUCAAGUUAAUUCAAGUUCAUCACAUCUUUUAGCCACUAAUGGGGAACAAUUUCCUUGGAGUGAUUUAAGAUUGCCUAAUUUUAUUAAACCCAUCCAUUAUGAUAUCUUCAUGCAUCCAAAUUUAACCACAUUUAUUAAUCGAGGAUCAGUUGAAAUAAGCAUCAUCAGUGAAGAAGCAGUUGACUUUAUUUUAGUACAUGGUAAACAAUUGAAUUUAACACAAAUCACUAUUACUAAAUUUAACGAUGAAAGUGAAAGGAUAACAGUUGAUAAAGUAUUGGAAAAUGAUGAAUUUGAAUUGAUUCAUAUCAAGUUGGUGAACAAUUUAGAGACAAACACUGAAUAUGUGGUUAAAAUAAACUUCACAAAAUCAUUGGAGGAAAGAUUGGAAGGAUUUUACAUUUCGUCUUAUAUGGACAGUUCAAGUGAACGUAAAAGAUUCAUUGGGACAACACAUUUUGAACCUACAAUGGCUCGUUCGGCAUUCCCAUGUUUUGAUGAACCUGCUUUUAAGGCUACUUUUUCAUUGAAAAUGGUCCAUGAAGUUCAUCAUGAUGUCUACUUCAAUUCAGAGAAACAAGAUACUUUGAUUUAUUCAAAGGAAGGCCUUCGACUCUCUGUAUUUGAUUCAACUGUUAAAAUGAGCACUUAUUUGGUUGCUUUUGUUGUCUGUGAUUUUAAACCUUUGGAUGCAAGAACCAAAGAGGGAACUCAUGUUCGAGUUUUGGCUCCUCGAGAUCAAGUUAAUCAUGGGGAAUUGGCUUUAAGAUCAGCCGUUUCCAUAUUGACUUAUUUUCAAUCUUUUUUCAAUUUAACUUAUCCAUUAACUAAACUUGAUUUGGUGUCUGUCCCUGAUUUUGGUGCUGGUGCAAUGGAAAACUGGGGUUUAAUGACAUUCAGAUCAACUGCCAUUAUGUAUAAUGAAAAGACAUCUCCAGAUUCAGCUAAAGAAGAGGUUUUAACUGUAAUUAGUCAUGAAAUUGCUCACCAAUGGUUUGGUAAUUUAGUUACUAUGAAAUGGUGGAAUGAUCUUUGGUUAAAUGAAGGAUUUGCUUCUUAUGUUGAGAAUCUUGGAGUUGAUCAUUUGUAUCCAGAUUGGCGUAUGUUGGAUCAAUUUGUGUUGACAACAACUCAAGAAGCAUUAGCCUUAGAUUCACUUGAAUCAUCUCAUGCAAUUAUGAAUGAUGUUAAAGAUCCACGAGAAAUUGAAGCUCUUUUUGAUACAAUAUCAUACAAGAAAGGUGCUGCUUUAAUUAGAAUGUUGAAGAAUUUUCUUGGACCAGAUAAUUUGAGAUUUGGGUUAAAAAAUUAUCUUUCCAAAUAUAAAUUUUCCAAUGCUGAAACAAGUGAUCUUUGGAGAUCAUUUUCAAAUAUUGUGCCAAAUGAAGUGAUAAAUGUUACAAGUAUAAUGGAGACUUGGGUUCGUCAAAAAGGAUAUCCAGUGAUUAGUGUUAGAUCUUAUGGUGAACAUGUUUUGUUGACUCAAAAACGUUACCUUUCUAGUCCUUUAAGUGAAGAUGAAUUGGAUGGCAAUAAUACAUCUCCAUUUGGAUAUCAAUGGAUUGUCCCAAUAACUUUUAUAACCAGUCAUAACCCACGAGAUGCCACAUUAAUAUGGAUGUCAUCGUCUAAUUCAGUGAUUCCUUUUCCUCACCAUGUUGAUUGGUUUAAAAUAAAUGUUAACCAAACAGGAUUUUAUCGAGUUAAUUACGAUGAAUACAAUUGGAAAAGAUUAAUUUCAUUAUUAGAUCGCUCUGGUCCUGAUACUCAUCUCUUAUCACCUUCAGAUAGGGCCAACUUGAUUGACGAUGCUUUCUCGUUCAUGCGAAUGGAUCUACUUCAACCUCAAAUUGCACUCAACAUCACAUCAUAUCUUGAAAAAUCAAAGGAACGUGAUUAUGUUCCUUGGGUCACAACGAUAAUAAACUUAAAGAUAUUGGACUCAAUAAUGGAAGGUCAUCCUUUACUUCGUAAAUUCAUUUUAAGACUCAUUCGAGUUGCACUUAAAAUGUGGAAACGAGGUUGGAUCGAUGAAGGAAGCCAUCUCGACCGUAAGUUGCGAUCAUCCAUUUAUUAUGCGGCUGCCUAUUUCGGUGAAGAUACAACCAUUCGAAUUGCUAAACAACACUUUGAUAAAUGGUCUCAAGAUGCGUAUCAACCGCCACCAAAUUUCCGUAAAACCGUUUACACAACUGGAAUAAUGUUGGGCGAUACUGAAGAAUGGGAAUUUUGUUGGCAAAAAUAUGUUAAAGAAAGGAUUCCUUCAGAGAAACGUUUACUUCUGGAUGCUUUGGCCCACACUCAUAAUCCAUGGUUGUUAUCACAAUUCCUUAAUUAUUCACUUGAUAGGAACAAGAUUAAACCUCAAGAUACAGCUUAUGUUAUAACUCAUGUUGCUCGUAAUCCAGUUGGUCGCCAUUUGGCUUGGCGUUUUGUCCGUUCCAAUUGGAAUACUUUGUUAAACCUUUUUGGAACUGGAUCCUUUUCCCUUGAUGCUAUUAUUAGUGAAACGGGUUGGCAUUUUUCAACACUAUUUGAUUACAAUCAAGUUUCAUCAUUUUACUCUUCGGUUCCUCUUGGAUCAGGAUUCCAAUCUUUGAAACAAACAUUGGAAAAAAUACGAGCCAAUAUCUUCUGGAAAGAAAAUGUUGAAUCUAAAGUUAUCAAUUGGUUAAAGAUAGUCGAUCAACGAUGAAAUAAUUGUUCAUUCAAUACUUUCCUUCCUUUCUCAUCUUUUCAUCGCUAUAAAUAUCAUAAUCUAAGCUUUCUGCCAAUAACAUCAUUUUUUUCACUUUCAAGUUAAAUUAAAAUCUUUGAUUGUCUUUCCAUUGAACGAAACUAAAAAAACGCAUAUUAUAAUUGUAAAUUAUAUUUUCGUUAAAGUCAAAUGACUGUUACAUAAGUCAGCACAAUUUUUAAUAUUGAUUCAUCAUUUAAAGUUAAUCACUAAUCAAUAAAAUCAAAAUAAAGUAUAAUCAUUGACUGUUUAACAAUCUCGAAU